AUGAGUUCCUUUUUUCGGCUUCCCGCUGUGCUAUUCUUGUCUCGCGGCGUUUCCAUUUCUGGAUGUUCAACCUUCUGUGUUGAGUUACGUUCAUUUUUGAGGGUUAGCUUUCAAAUGCCCAUGAAGGAUGGAUAUGAAAGAAUAAUGUCAUGGGCAUUUGACUACGUAAUCAAGCGGAGUGAUAGAGUGGACCGUCUACGCAGCUGCUCUACGCUUCAAGUCGUUUUCACCCGAUUACAGCAAAAAUGGCGUAAACAAGUGAAUUCGACACUACCAGCUAAUCCUCGGAUCCAGAUUCUGAAGGAGAAGGGCAGCUGGCCACAAGAAAUGCUUGAUACUCUAAAAGACUUUCUGCGUUGGGAACGAGUCAUCAGACCAGUCGAUCGAUCUCCUAUUGGCGAUCUCGUCCCAGUCUAG